AAUCGUGUAAUGACUAAAUUCUAACAAUAAAUUUUUUUUUCAAAAUGAGAAUUGACGAACAAAAUACCAAUACUCCUAAUAAUAAAAGAAAUAUAUUACUAGUAGGUAAAACAGGAAAUGGAAAGUCUACCAUAGCUAAUGUGUUAGUUAAUAGCGAACAAGCGGAUACUUUUAAGGAGAGUGAUAGAAGUUCUAGCGAAACUAAACAAGCCAAAAGUGAAAUGUUUGAAGUUACUUAUGGUAAUGAGAAAAUCAUUUACCAGAUUAUUGACACCGUCGGAUUAUGUGACACGGACAUGGAUGAAAAAGAUAUCUUUCUUAGAUUGAGCGAAGCUAUCGAAUUACUUAAUGGAGAAAUAAAUCAAAUUCUCUUUAUAGUUGGUGGUAGAUUUUCAAAAGAAGAAAAUGAAGUUUACAACAUAUUCAAGAGUAUUCUCUUUUUUGAUAGUGAAUGUAAUAUUUCAAAUUAUACCACUGUUGUACGAACUAGGUUCUCUGAUUUUGAAGAUAGGAAUGAAUGUGAAAUAGACCGUAAAAUCUUGGAGGAAAAAAUUCCAGAUGAUAUUCAUAUUAUCUACGUAGAUAAUCCAUCUUUGAAAGGAAAUGAAAAUAAAAUCAAUGUUAGUAAAGAAUCUAGAAAAGCUUCCAAAGAGGUA